CUCUAUUGCGCAUGUCAGCUAUGGUUGUUGUCAGCGGUGGUUAUGGAGAUGAGAUGGGAGUACGAGCUGUCAACACUACGGUAAUGUUCGUGUGUCCAUCAGUAGCAUGCCCAGGAAGAUAGGAUUCAUUGUGGUCAACUCUUCAAGUCAUGAGGACAACUUCAGUGCCAAGGAGCUCAUGGUCCAUGCGCCCACAGUCAGUGGCUGGAGGUCCAGCAGGCUGUGCUCCUACCCUCAGCACAUCACCCUCCAGCUGGUGGAAAGAAGUAGGGUAAGGAAGCUGCAGCUGCUGGCUCACCAGUACCUGAUCCCAGCCAAGGUUGAGUUCCAUAUCGGAGACACUCUCCCUGAAACCAGUACUCCAGCCUUCCCCACGCAACUUCGCAGACUUGGGUAUGUGUCUUUGUCGGACAAUGAGAAGACAGGUUUCAAAGCUCGAGAGCUGAAGUCGGUCCAUGUGGAUGCCAUUGGAACGUACCUGAGAAUAACCUUUCAUAGGAACCACAUCAACCGUCACAAUCACUAUCAUCAGGUUGCUUUGGUUGCCAUUAAUGUUCUGGGAGAUUCUUUGGAUGCCAAUGCUUUUAACACAAUCCCAAGCAGAGAGCAGCUGAUCGAACACUACCUCAACAGUACCCAGCUGGAAGCUGCUUUGGACACGACCUUCAUGGGCAAAUGUGAAUCUAUCUCCCCCUUGGAUGACCUGGCCUUUGAUAUGUACCAGGACCCUGAAGUUGCACACAUCAUUCGUCUCCUGGACCAAAAAAAGCAGGACAUGGUCCGGCUAGAGAAAUUUGAGGAGGCCAAGAAUUUGAAGCAGGCCAUCGCUGAUCUACAAAAGGUGGGGGAGCGUUUGGCUCGAUAUGAUGUGGAGAAGCGAUGUGCCAUCGAAAAGGAAGACUAUGACCUGGCCAAGAAGAAGAAGGAAGUGAUGGAGGAGUACAGGAGGAGUGUCUACCAGCAGCUGGAAGUUCACAACCUGCUGGACAUGACAAUGAUCACCAAAGCAGCAGAUUCAUUCCCAGCCCAGUAUUCUCCCCCACUCCUGCCUUCUCCGGGUCGUCGUUCAGUCCCCACUAGGCCCCCUGUAUCCACGGACACAUGGAAGAAGGCAAAAAAACCAAACACUCAUCAAAAUCAACAGUCACCCGCGGAAACUGCUGCACCCAAACUUAGCAGUCAACCUCAGACACCUUGCACCCCUGCUGCUGUACCCAAGAUUGACGUUGUCAGUGUGCCUUAUGAUGAAAAGCCUCUGCCAGCCCUUCAGAGAAAAGAUCUGCCAGUGGAGGCUGCCCAGAGUCCUGUAGAGCACUCCCCCAAAUCCGAUGUGCAAAGGACACAAAGCUCUGAGAUGGGUGGAGAGGCAGAGCCGCUGACUGAGAAGGCCCAGAGGGAGGCUAGCCUUCCAAUAGAGGUCUAUGGAGAAAGCUUGGUUGCUGGAGCCUAUUCUAAAUCCUGGUGUUAUAGAGAGGAUGCUCUGCUGACUGUAUACAAGAAGCUUUCGGAGGUAUCACCCACCACUCCCAAGGAGGAGUUGAGAAACAUGAUAAGAGCUGCAAUUUUCCUGGUGAAGAAGGCCCUCUUGGAUAAAGUCCCAUCUGUUUUCCACGCCUCACUAAAGCUUCUGCGGUUAAUCCUGAGCCAGCUGAUUCCAGGUCUGGGGCUGGGCCGGGCUGAGGUCAACCACUGCCUGGAGCAGACCUGUCCCAACCUGCUGACCAGGACUGGAGACUCUGCUAGCCGCGUUCGGACUGCAGCGUCCGCCUUCAUACAGGAAAUUGCUGUUUUGAAGGAUGUCAGAGCCGUGCCGAUAAUUCCCACUGAGCUGGUGAAGCCCUUCAAGUCCAACUUCCCCUUUCGCCUGGCUCAGAGCCGAGCCGAGCUGCUGGAGAAACUGCUCCCCGAGCUGGGAACAGAGAACCUGGGCCUCACCCUGGACAACGUCAUGACGUUCUGUACAGCAGCGUUGGAGCACAGUGAAUCAACAGUUCGAGAGCUGGCAGUGCGCAUAAUCUUAUCCAUGUACCAACAGCACAGUAGUGCUGUUCUCAACUACCUACCAGCCAACGAUGCUGCAGAACGGAAAAACUUCCUCUACAGAACCCUCUUUGAUGGCUUUGCCAAAAUUGAUGGUAAACUUGUGGAGACUCAGACUUUGAAGAAGGGCAGUGGUCAGCAGGAUGGUCAAAAGGAGAAGGAGGAGAUUCAGUCCCUUCAGGAGCAGCUGGCUGCCUUGAAAGAGACCUCAGAGCGGGGGAAUGAUGGCACCAAAGGACAAGUGACUAAAAAGGAGCCUCCCAAAGUUGAGAAAGAGUCCCCAAAAGCCAGCAAAACAACUGUCCCAAAAGGGUCUCAGAGCAAGACAGCAGACAGUGUAGAUGUCAAACAAUCAAUCAACGAUCUGGACAACUUGUGUAUAUUCUGUGGUAAAAAGGAUGAGUCAUUCACAGAAGAUGGAUUGGACCUUCACUACUGGAAACACUGUCCAAUGCUGCGUCGCUGCGAUGAAUGUAGACAGGUGGUUGAGAUAGCCAGCUUCACAGAGCACCUACUGGGUGAGUGUGAAAACAGGGCCAAGUUCAGCCAGUGCCCACGCUGCUCAGAGGCUGUAGCCGCCGAGGAUCUGACUCGCCAUAUUCAGGGUCCCACCUGCAACCCCCCCAUCAUGGGUAAAAGCUCCAACCACUGCCCAUUGUGUCACAAUAACUUCAUACCCGGAGAGGAGGUGUGAACUGCAUUAUGCUUGAGGGCCUGUUCAGUCCUUACAGGAAGAUUGAGUCUGGGCGAUACCAACAUGUAAAAGACAGGCGUGAACACCCCCAGGAUGCAUUGAGAUCACAUUUGAGAGAUCCAGUCUCUGACUACAUUUGGAGGUGGUGUGGGUCACUUGUGUCGACAUUCCUUUGGUAGUGUGAAUGUAAUACAUCCUGAGUCACCUUAAACACUCUCUGUACUCAGCAGUGGCGUUUCUUUGUCAGUGGAGUUUCACCUCAUUCAUUCAGAAAACAACAUGCAACCGCUGUUAUAAAUGAUUGCCUGAAAAAGAAAAAGCACCAGGAGUAAUGAAAAUUAUUAAAAUAUUCUGUCCUUAUAGCUGUUAACAAACUAAAACAACAAGUAAAUCUAUGCAACCGCUGGGGCAGCGGUAGAGAUCCAUUAGAGAUUACUAGAUGAUGUCGGGGUUCAUUUGCAUACAGAGCGUGAAACUCGGAUCAGAUCUGGAGAAGAAUGUUAAUACCUGGUGUGAACACACGUAUCUAAAGCUGGUCAGUUUAUUUGUCUGAACUUUGAUAGAAGACUCUAUCACCACAGCUUAAGUUCAGACUAAUAGAAGAGAAGAGAGUAAAUUGUAGCAUCCAUGCAAAUGAUUGAGCUGAUGCGUAGGCCAUGGCUUAAGCAGCUUCCUCCUGACAUUUAAUGCUAUGCAGAUUGUAUUUCUUUCCAAUGAAGAUAAAACAACAACGAUAGACCGAGAUAGUCAAAUUUAUGCAGAGGCAGACAAAUAUGAUCAAAUGCAGGUCUGGUUUUGACUCAGUAAGCUCUUCUAUCUCGGUCAUAUCAAGACAGAAAUUAGAAAGCAUAUAAUUUGAGGCUUUAGGAGUGAACAGGUGUGGAGGUAAAACACAGCAAUUGUUGGCCAUUCAGGUCUUCAAAGGAGGCAGAGCCUUUGUUCUUAAAGGACUCUCAGGAUGAAGAAAAUGCCAUCACAUUCCUCACAUUCUCAUUCAGUAUCUUUUAAUAGUGGUGUUUCCCCUUUUUCCACAUUGGUGUUGUUGAGAAUAAUGCCGUGCUUUGUGUUGUACAGGUGAUGUAAUUCAUGUUUCCUCUAAUUCCAGCAGGAAUGGUAGGUUUCCUGUUGAGGCGCUUCACUGCUCUAUAUUAGUGGGACAAUGUUUCUUUUGAAGCUGGGAAAAGUUACUGCUCAACUAGUUCUGGUCAUCUCAUAUCUGUAUUGAUCUGCUACAUAAUCAAAACCUGUAAGUCUCAACCAUGCAUUGAUUUUAACCUAUGUUUUAAAUGUUACAAAAAAUAAGCAUGGGAAAUAGUUCCGUCUUGUCUUCUUUAAAUAAACAAAUGCUACCCUUGAACCUUCACAUCCUCUACUAAUUCUUAGAGUCUCAGGGAAGUUUCAAAUGGAAAUGCACCGUGCCUCACAAAGAGAUGCAGCAGUGGUGUCUCCUUUCGUUUCUCUUCCGUUUGGCUUCUGUCUUUGUUCAGCCUAAUGAAUCAUGCAGCUCAUCUCUCAAGGAGCCAGCCAUCCUACAAGAAUCACUCUGACCUGCACUUGUCCUGGUCCCAUGUGUCCCGGUUUGCAGCAGCAUUUUGGACCUCUGACUGAAUGCAGGGCCAGUUAAGGGACCAGCAAGGAGAGUGCGUGGAAGUCAUGAUUGUUGAUGGAGAUUAGCAAAUGUUGUUCCUGUUGAUUGAUUGAUGAAACCAGAAAGAAAGCAAACCAGUGAACAAAAAAGUUGUGACUGUAGAGUCAAGGGCGGGUUCGCCACUGUCUUUGGCCCAGUUACUGGUAUACAGGUGAUACAUACUUGUAUAGGACUGUAGGAAGUAGGAGCCGGCAUUUGGUAAAAAAAUUAACAACCACUCAUUUAAGCUCAAAUGUUUAAUUCCAUGCAGACCUGUGCAGCAACAUGUUCCAGUUUUAUUUUGUGUUAAAACAUCCUGGUUCACGGUGAACACUUUAAAUGAAAAGCACGGGGGGGAAUCACAGCAAUCAUCGAUGGAGUAUUACUCAUUAUUAUUCAUCAUUAUUCAUUAACUUUAACCUUAGCUUUAUUACGAACGUAAUGCGUUUCAGUUUUUAGUGCAUCCUGUCAUCUGUUUUCACACCCUGUAGGUUUUGACUGUUUAAUUUAUUAAAUGUGAGAAUAUUGAAGUAGCUGUACAGUGACACUUACGGUUCAGCCUUAGCGCUAAUCUGUGUGUUCGACAUGCCGUUUCUCACCUCACACACCCUUAAAAUUUC